AGCUGUAUUUGUUGGGAGAAACGUGACUUUAUUCGCGUGAAUAGCCGAAACGAAAUCUGUUAUGCAUGGUAGUGCAUAUUCGAGUAUUUUAAUUAAUCACGCUACGGAAUGCAGUAGUUAGAAUAGAUUGUGAAAUAGGUUUGUUAACGAGGAAAUUUCUGAACAUAGUGUCUCUGUAAAACCGGCACAUCGCAUCUACGCUAGGACGAACAUUGGUUAUCGCAAAAAUGGCGUCUGAUCCACUAAAUAAGAACCGAAUGCAAGUUUUCAAGAACAAAGGAAAAGAUCAAGACAAGUUAUUUCAGGAGAUGCGCAGGAGAAGGAAUGAAGUCACCGUAGAGCUCCGGAAGAAUAAACGUGAAGAAACACUACAGAAACGGAGAAACGUACCUAUUACAGAUUCCACGGAUGAAGAAGAUGUGGAGAAAAAUUUGGCAAAGAUCGAUUUGGGUGAACUGGUAGCCAAAGCAGGGAGCGCUGAAUCCGCCGAGCAGUUGAUUGCCGUCCAAUCUGCACGAAAAUUACUGUCUUCAGAUCGUAAUCCUCCAAUAGACGCCUUGAUUGAUAGCGGAAUCCUGCCAAUUUUGGUACACUGUCUUGAACGACAUGACCAUCCAUCCUUGCAGUUUGAAGCAGCAUGGGCAUUGACGAACAUUGCAAGCGGAACAUCUGCUCAGACACAGGCAGUUGUUAAAGCUGGUGCAGUGCCAUUAUUUUUACAUCUUUUAUUGUCCAGCCAGCAAAAUGUCUGUGAACAAGCAGUAUGGGCUCUAGGAAAUAUUAUAGGGGAUGGGCCAGCGCUGCGAGAUUAUGUAAUAAACCUUGGCGUUGUGCCACCGCUUUUAACUUUCAUUAAGCCAGAUAUACCUAUCACCUUCUUGCGGAACGUUACGUGGGUGAUAGUCAACUUGUGUAGAAACAAAGAUCCCCCUCCACCAGUAGGGACAAUUAAAGACAUUUUACCAGCACUUAAUGUACUUAUUCUACACACGGACAUUAAUAUUCUCGUUGACACAGUGUGGGCGCUGAGUUAUUUGACUGAUGGUGGAAAUGAACAGAUUCAAAUGGUCAUAGACAGCGGAGUCGUACCUCGUCUAAUUCCUCUGCUCUCUCACAAAGAGGUCAAAGUUCAAACGGCUGCUCUCAGAGCUGUUGGCAAUAUCGUUACUGGUACCGAUGAGCAGACGCAAACGGUCUUGAAUUGUGAUGCUUUGUCCCAUUUCCCUAACUUGCUAACUCAUCCUAAGGAGAAGAUUUGCAAGGAAGCCGUAUGGUUCCUGUCAAACAUUACUGCUGGCAAUCAAUCUCAAGUUCAGGCUGUAAUUGACGAGCAGCUAUUGCCACUUAUUAUUAGUAACUUGUCAAAGGGUGAAUUCCAGACUCAGAAAGAAGCAGCAUGGGCAAUCAGUAAUUUAACGAUAAGUGGAAACAGAGAGCAGGUGGCACGCCUGAUUCAAGAGGGGGUAAUUGCACCAUUCUGCGAUCUACUGUCUUGCAAAGAUAGUCAGGUUGUUCAAGUUGUGCUUGAUGGUAUCCACAAUAUGCUCAAAAUGGCGGGAAGUCAAGUUGAACAGCUGGCCAAUAUGAUUGAAGAAUGCUCAGGAUUGGAUAAAAUUGAGGCAUUACAAAACCAUGAAAAUUUAGAUAUCUAUAGAUUGGCCUAUGACAUCAUUGAACAGUACUUCUCGGAGGAGACUGACGAACCAAAUUUGGCGCCACAGACAACGGAAGGAGCCUUCCAGUUUGACCCGACGACAACUAUACCUAGCGAUGGCUUCAAGUUCUGAAAUAUCCUCGUCUCUUCCUCGCCCUUUCCUCGUCGAAGAACCGUCCCCCAACUACGGCGGGAAGCCACAACCUCCCGCUAUCUCCUCAUCCAGAUUAUCCUCCCAAUCCUUCUUGUUCCAAUGACCAAGAUCCAAGACUCUCGAAGGGAAAUAUUUCUCGUCACCUCCCAGACAUCGCGCGGCAUUCGCCUGCUGUUCGGCCCGCGAUAAGAACCGUCGCGUUCAUGAUUUUGCAAGAGAGUUAAAUUGCAACGAAGCACUGCAAAAGCGCGAAUCAGCUUUUUAUUUUUUCAUGAUUUUUUUGUUUCGUAUUUUAUACAAUAGAGAAACAAGUCUUAUUCAGAUGCUGAACGCUAUAUAUAUUAUAUAUAUAUAUUUACGUAGUAACAAGAACGUGAGUGCGCAUGGAGUGCAAACGUUUAAAUUAUUUAGGACGAAUUGUUUAAAUGAUUCUACAGAAUAAUAGCACUGUUUGAGUUGCAUGCUCUCUAAUAUCGCUGGGCCGAGUCUUGGUUCAUGACGUUACAUUUAUAAACGAUUUGUGUAUAUUUUAGGCAUGUUAAAUUUAUAAUGAUAUUGAAUACUGAAUAAAUUGAUUAACUGCUCUUGACUAGUAUACUUGAUAAUUAUGAUCAUUCUGUAAGACGGCGCAACAUCAAUAAAACUGAAAGUCUGGUAUAAAUCCAUA